GACCCAUUCUAUUCUGCUACCACGCCAAGAUUGGAUUGGCGGUUCCGCUUUCUCUCUCUCUCUCUCUCUAUUUAGGCGACGCAGCAGGCUCUGGAGACGCAACCAUCUGUUGAAUCCGAGGCUCGAUCUCGGAUUCAGCAUCCUAACGAUUCCAAUCUCUUAAUUGAUCGGCUUCUCUACGAUCUUAUUCGAAGACAUGGCUGGACUGGCGCAGGAUGGAUCUCAGUUUGAUGGUGCAAAAUAUGAUUCCAAAAUGCAUGAAUUGCUUGCACCACAAGAUGGGCAGGAUUUCUUCACAUCAUAUGAUGAAGUAUAUGAAAGCUUUGAUGAUAUGAACCUCCAAGAAAACCUUCUGAGAGGCAUUUACGCCUAUGGUUUUGAGAAGCCGUCAGCAAUUCAGCAAAGAGGAAUUGUCCCCUUCUGCAUGGGACUUGAUGUCAUUCAACAAGCACAGUCUGGAACUGGGAAAACUGCAACUUUUUGCUCUGGAGUUCUGCAGCAACUUGAUUAUGGACUAGUUGAAUGUCAGGCCUUAGUACUUGCGCCAACCCGAGAACUUGCACAACAAAUUGAAAAGGUCAUGAGGGCACUUGGUGAUUACCUGGGCGUCAAAGUCCAUGCUUGUGUGGGAGGAACUAGUGUUCGUGAGGACCAAAGGAUUUUGUCCGCCGGUGUUCAUGUUGUUGUUGGCACACCUGGGCGUGUGUUUGAUAUGCUGAGAAGGCAAUCUCUUCGCCCUGACUACAUCAAAAUGUUUGUUCUGGAUGAAGCUGAUGAGAUGCUCUCACGGGGCUUCAAAGACCAGAUAUACGAUAUCUUCCAGCUUCUUCCUCCUAAAAUCCAGGUUGGAGUUUUCUCUGCUACCAUGCCACCCGAGGCCCUUGAGAUCACUCGCAAGUUCAUGAGUAAACCUGUCAGGAUACUCGUGAAGAGAGAUGAACUCACCCUCGAAGGUAUCAAACAGUUUUAUGUGAAUAUUGGCAAGGAGGAGUGGAAACUGGAGACCCUCUGUGACCUAUACGAAACCCUUGCUAUUACCCAGAGUGUGAUCUUCGUGAAUACCCGGCGCAAGGUUGAUUGGCUCACCGACAAGCUCAGGAGCAGCGAUCACACAGUCUCCGCCACACACGGAGACAUGGAUCAGAAUUCUCGCGACAUCAUCAUGCGUGAAUUCAGAUCCGGAUCAUCUCGAGUUCUCAUAACAACUGAUCUUCUUGCUCGAGGCAUCGAUGUGCAGCAGGUUUCUUUAGUCAUAAACUAUGAUCUGCCGACCCAACCGGAGAACUAUCUCCAUCGCAUUGGACGAAGCGGGCGAUUUGGAAGGAAGGGCGUUGCAAUAAACUUCGUCACCCAGGAAGAUGAUAGGAUGCUUUAUGAUAUCCAGAGGUUCUACAAUGUGGUGAUCGAGGAGCUGCCAUCGAAUGUUGCCGACCUCAUAUAGGUUCAAGGGGAAUCUCUUUAGUUGAUCAUUUAGGUGUUGAUCUCUGCAAACUUUUUUUUAAACUUGUUUGAGCGGUAGGGAUUGGGAUCAUUGUUCUUAGUUUCUCUAGAUCAAAUUAUUAUUGCUACAUCUUUUGUUUUUCAAUUUUAGAUUUUGUUAUUGUUUCUAGGUCCUGCUGCUUUAGUCUUGUGUCUGAAACAGUUGUUAUGGAUAAGUUAUAUUGUUCUUCUUCUUUUAA